UAAAAACUGGUUUGUUGGAGGAAGGAAACCAAAAGAUCAGUAAUGGAACCUACAGGAUGAGAUACAGAACAGAAAGAUUUUGUCUCUCUGUGAAGCAGAGCAGAUUUACACCUUUCAGGAUAUUUUCAGUUGACAUUUUCUCCAACUCCUCAGGCUGACGCUCAGUGAGCUGUGUACCUACUCUGAGAAUUCCUUGGUGCUGCUUUUCUCUGGCUAGACAGCUGUCAUCAAACCUACCAGUAAAAAAUGAACACAUUUCUGUGCCUCCAGAAUAAAUCUGUUAAAAAAGCAAAAUGGACAUGUAGACUUGUGGACACGUAGAGUGACUUUGUAUGGUAGAUAUCUGUGUGAGCCUAUAGGAAAACCACAACAGCGUAGGCUCUAAAGGGAAAGAUACUGCUAAGAGUUUGACCAUUGCAACAAGUGAAAACAGAACGGCGGUCCCCUAGAAAAAUCACUGCUGUGUUCCACAACUGCUCUUCCAGUGCCCAUUGACUUGGGGUCCAUGAAGAAAGCUCUCUGCUUCUGGCAGCAAAGUGACUGCUCACAAAACCUCCAGUGGCAUUGUGAUGGGAGAGCGUCUGCCUUCAGGACUGCGAUCAUUUUCUGGAUCAUUUCUGAUAAUCCAGGUGUAUUAUCAGGGUUCUGAUUACGCCCAUUCACUUGACCAGGAAUGUGUAUUGCUGGCAUCACUGAGUGAGCUGGCCUUGUGCUGAGACUUGGAUGGAUGAGAGGAACCUACACGGCCAAUCUCCCAGCAGCACAGUGCAGUGGUUUAACAAAAUCCUGGGUUAUUUCCACAGGACUCAUUUAGCUACCACUGCAUGUCUGUGCUUCAGAAACAGAGAUGUUCCAAAACCCGUUUGCACAAAACCCUAAAAUAAAUGUGGAACUUCCUUCAAACAAGCACACUACAUUUGAUGCAAUGGGCCACAAUUAUAUCGGCUCUGUUACACAGAAGAUCAAUGCGUGGUCACUGGCCAUGUUCUCAGUUGAUUCUGCAGUCAAAUAGAAAUUUCAGCCUAACAGUCUGUUAUACAGAGAAAUAUAUGAAUGUACACCCCCACUCAACAAGAGUAAUUCCUAUUAGCCAAAGGAAAAAGAGAGGAUAAAAUAAUAAUAUGUAUAUUUAAUUUCCUACAAUUCUAGCAGAAUAUCCCAAACUCUUUAGAGUCAAUGGCAGAUUAAAACUGCUCAAGAGGGAGAUUAAAAAACAAUUAAAAUUGCUAUUAAAGCAUCAAAACAAAACAAAUAAGCUCCCCUCAAUCUUUCUCAUCUAAUCCUCUUGAAAAUAAUUGAAGCUUUCCUUUAGGUACUGGCUUAGAACUGUCAAAUAGUCGCACAAAGACGGCCCCAACAGCCAUUUCUCCUUAAGCCUUUUGUCAUUCUGUUGACUCGCCAUCACUCCUCCAUUCUUAUGGCUGCAGGCACAGCUUUUCUGGGAGUGCUUCUGCCUUCUGACCUCACACACGGAGCUCAGGUGGAUCAGCGUCCUCACGGUGGCCCAGAGCUGCAGCCACAGCCGCUGCCUCCUUCACACCACGUGCAGGCAGGGAUGGCUGGCUCUGCUGCCAGCGAUGCCAAGAGCUCGCAUCGCCACACCAAAGUCUUACAGGCAAGAAAUGCACCCCACAGAUCAUUAGCUGAAUUCUCCCACGAUUCCACAUGAACGGCUCGUGGAAGACUGUUGUGGCAACGUCGCCAAAUGUCUCUGGAAACACAAAUUACACACAUAUGCCUAUUUUUAUAAAUGAGAUUUGGAAAUAUCCGCAGCAAUCAUAUGGUGGGAAUAUUUAGCUUCUUUCAGAGGUUGCACAGAAAUGAUUCCUCGCACUGGAUGGAUGCCCCACAGCCCCAGCUCUGAGAUGCACGGCCGGUAUUUAAGGACUGGACAAGCACAGCAUUGCAGUUACUCUCAGUAAGGCUUCCAUCGAUGUUCUGCUGAUAUUUACACUCAGACAUUGCUCUGUGUUGUAGAGCAGAGAUGGAGAAAUCGUUUUACAUAAUCUGAGCCGCGCUGAAAAAAAUAAGAUUGCAUUAUUGGCAUGUCUUGCUGCCAAACAGCUAGAAACCUCCAUAGAGGAGCUGCUGUCACCUUGGAAACGUUCGGGAGGAAGAACCGACCGCCUGAAGAGCAGCAUGGAGCCACGCCGUCCAGCCCUCCAGCAGCACUCCGGUGCCCAGUUGGUGCUACAGAACUUCACCAAAACGCCUCUCAGUUUGGGAUUUCAGCAGCACCAACUUGAAGGCUUCCUGGAGAUCUCUGUGUACUCACCGACUCUCAGCCGUCUCCAUGUCAGCCCGCUUGCUGUGACGGAACCGCCGGCAUGGCAGGCAGUGAGCCCGGGGGUGGAGGAGAGGAACCAACUCUCAUCUCAUUUCUGGAAGAGGAAGGCAACGGUGCAGCAGCUCAGAGCUCUGACCUGAAAGAACACGAGGAAGAAUACAAGCUUGAGGAAGAUUUGUCUGAUGGUGGCAAGAUGGGGAACGAGGUCACUUCUGAAGAAGCUGGAGACAAGUCUGAACAUAGCAGGGACAGUUUGGAACAUUGCCUGGACAACAUUACAAGCAGUCAGGCUCUGAAGUCUGCAGAUAGAAUUUGCUUAUUUGCUUUACCCAGGAACCUAAAAGAGCUCAGCUACAUCACCAAAGAAAAGGAACUCGUGGUUCAGAAAACCAGAGAUGAGCUGAGUGCCUGCCAGCUGCGGAUCACAACACUAGAAAAGCAGCUGGAGAACGUAGACAUUGAGACAGAGGAGGAGAAGGAGGCUGGCAAUGUCCCAGCCGUGUUCCGCCUACAGGCAAUGCAUAGGCGACUGUGCACUGAGCUGGAGGGUGAGAAGAAUUUGGAGCUGAAAAUUGCUUUGACACUGAAAGAAAACAUGCUUGAGAUGUGGCAGAUAGAAACCCAGCAGGGAAAAUAUGAAAUCCUCCACAAACAACUUCAAAAAGAUGAGGAGGAGCUAGAGAUGCAAUACCAGGACCAAGCAGAAGUGCGGAUUCGGAAGGAAAAAAUAGCAGCACUGAAAGCAGAAGAAAAUCAGCUGUCUUUAAAAAAAAAAGAAGAGAAAGCCCAGAAAGGAUAUGAAAAAAGGUGUAAAAAAAUGCUUGAAGAUGCCAAAAGGAACCACAAAAAAGCAGUCUACUUCCUGAGAAAAAGCAUGGCAAGAAUUCAUGAGAAGAAUGCAAAGGAAGAAGCGAAAACUCAGGAGCAUAUGGAGAGAAGGAUACAAGCUGUGCUCUCCCUGAAAAACAGCAUAACUUCCAAUAGGGAAAAACUCCAGGCUCUCCAGGCUUGGAACCAAGCAAUGGUCUCUGAGGCAAAGAAACAGGAGAUGACAAUGAGGGAGGCUAUCCUGGCAGAAGGAGGCAAUGUUGCCAAGGAAAUUUUACUCCAUAAACGUCUUCUGCAGCAUGAAAAGGAGAAAGAAGCUUUUAGAGAACAACAAAAAUCAAGAAAAAUUGAGAUUGUAUCUAAAAUUCUGCAAGAAAAAGCUUCCAUUUUCAAGCAGAAAAAUCAGCAGUCCAGCACUAAGGCAAUUAAGAGUGGUGGUAAAUGUACAGAUCCUUUACUGUGGAGAAAGAAAACAUGGCGCUACAUUGAGAAGACCUGCAAACAUCCAGCUGGGGCACCACAGAAGUCGUGGUGCUCUCCAUCAGUUUGUUCCCCAUCUGGUGAGAGAACUGCUUCUGUAGGAAAGUGUUCUGAAGAAGUUCCCCACGAUGUGCUCUGUGAAAGUGAUGAGGAUGAGGAGGAGAGGGACAAGAUCCCAGCAGAACCAGAGCUCCCAGGACUAUUGAAUCAGGAAUGUGAUUUGCAUAAGAUAUCCAAAGAAGAAAUGGAUACAAAGCAUCUGGCUACAAGGACAACAAAAAUAGAGAUUUUACAGGAAAAGAAGGAGGAAUUCCAAACUAGAAUUUUUCAUAAGGGAGCAGUGCCUGACCAUGAACAUCAAGGACGAACUUUCUAUACUAAACCAAGUUGUGUUCAUUUCAAGGAUUUCGAUGUUGGUAAAAUCUACAAAAAGAAGAUAGUUUUGAUAAAUGCAUCCUACAGCAUUAACUACUGCAAACCAGUGGGAAUCAGUGAAUGGCUGAAGGACUUCAUCAGCAUUCAGUUUGACCCGCCUGGUAAAAUGUCUGCUGGAAUGUCCUGUGAAGUGGGGGUAACCUUUAAGCCUGUGGUAAAUGAAAAUCUGGAAGGAGAAGUCAUGUUUAUGGCCCAAACAGGAUCCUUCUCAGUUCCACUGAAAUGUACAGCCAAGACGUGCAUUCUGGCACUAGAUAAAGUGCUUGUUGACUUUGGCACUCAUGUGGUGGGAGAGACAAUUUCACAAACUGUCAGCCUGACAAACACUGGAGCUUUGGGAACAAGAUUCAAGGUUCAGACAUCAGCAGGUGACAGCAGUAGAUGUGGAGCAACAGCAGGAUCUUCUACUACCAGAACAGUUACUCAACCAUGCAGUGACUCUGCUCCUGAGAGGAAAGAUAACAAUAAUUCUGUAACAUCUGUGCUUGAAAAGAAAGAACAAAUUUGUCCUGAUGGUAGUGAAGAACCAACCUGCUGUGUAGCCCAGGUGGAGCAGCAGAGGACUGAGACAAGUUCUACAGAACAACUUGCUCAAGAUGCAUUCAAUCUCAGUUCAGAUAAAGACACAAACAAUGCACAUCAUUUAACGGAACGCUCACCUGAAGAAACACCAAUUGAAAUUAUGCUGGGAAAGGUUACUGAAGGUGAAAUUGGACCCUUCAGCUCAGUCAAACUUCAGAUUAUAUUUAUGCCAUCCAUCCCUGGGGACGUACGGGCAGAGUUUGUGAUUGUGUUUGACAACACAGACUGCAAACCACUGUACUUCAGUGCUAUUGGAGUCUCUAUUGACGUGCCAGUUUGGGUGCCCAAUCCCAACAUUGAUUUAAAAAUCUGUAUGUAUGACAGACUUUACCAGGACUGUGUUGUCAUCCGGAGCAGAGCAAAAACUACGCUGCAUUUGAAGUUUGAAGUAUGCAAAGAAUUGAGCAAACACAUGAAGCUGCUUCCAAAAACAGGUUACAUUCAACCUCAGUCAUCCUUCAGUGUGCAGUUGAAGUUUCUGCCCAGGCACUCCCUCCCCGAAGACGCAGGGAGCUGUUUUAAUGAAGAGACAGGUGUUCUGGAAGCUCCAGUGAUGAUACAGAUUGCAGAUAAUACUAAACAAAUUAAUUUUACUGUCCAUGCAAUUGUUACUACUUCUGACUUGGAAAUCAGUCCAGCAGAAAUCAAUUUUGGGUACUGCACCAUCUAUGAAGCUGUAAGGACAAAUGUCACGCUAACCAACAAGUCCAUCUUGCCACAUGAGUUUGGAUUUGUGAGACUCCCAGAGUUUGUUGAAAUUCAGCCCAAUGAUGGAUUUGGAGUUCUUCUUCCUCUUGAAAGUCUGACAUUGCACAUAAUCUUUAAAGCCAACAAGGCAAAAGAGUACAGCUUUGAACUGACCUGCAAGUCAGAGCUUAAUAGACAAUUCAAGUUGUCAUGCAGAGCAGUUGGAGUCCACCCACCUCUUGAAUUGUCUCAUUCCUUAGUUCAGUUUGCUGCAACAGCUCUAAAUGAUGUGUCUACAGCAACACUGUAUGUGAUGAAUUCCCAUGUGAGUGCCAACCUCUUUACUCAUGCAGUCCCAAGAAUUGGCAGUGGGGAAGUUGCCCCUGUUGGACCCACUUCAUUUGAAUUCUACGUGCCAGAAGACUGUCCUGUGACAAUCACGCCUUCUGUUGGAACUGUGUUGCCUGGGAAGAAAAGCUUGAUUCAAGUGUCCUUCAGACCAACAUUGUCAGAUCAGCUAAUCAGAGAAGAGGCAGCUCUGAGGCUUUGUGAAGCAGCUGCAACAGGGGCAGAAAUACAAAAAAGGAAGACAGAUGAGAAGAGAGAGGGAAAGAGAUUAAGUGUUCCCAUUUCCAGACGGCAGUCUUCCAGACAGGUUGUAAGGACUGGGAGUGCUAAAUACCUGAGUUCUUCAUAUAAAUCUGAGCAACCAGAAUCCAAAGAGAUAAAGUCUGACUCAGAGGCUUACAUAGCAGCGCAGACAUUCCUGACAAGGAAUUUCAGAGGAAGGUUUGAAAAAUACACCAUACCAUGCUUUGUUGCAAGUGGAGAUAUUGAUGAGAAGAGAGGCUUGGAAAGUCUAAGCUUCAGCCCUUAUAACACCUUGUAUUUGGAGCUGCAUUGUCCAGCUGUAGCACCAUCUGUUGUGGUCACUUCAGAUAAUGGAAGAAACACGGUUGAUUUUGGUGAUGUGGCAGUAGGCCAAACAAUACUGAAGCAAACUACGUUACAAAAUAUCUCCCCAGAAAAGCUGGAACUACGAUUCUCAGUUCUGAAUCCCAGCGGUCCCUUCCUGUUGGUCAGACCAGUUAGGAUGCUUGAGCCAGGUGAAAUCAGAACCCUUGUCAUCUCUUUUUCUCCAAAUGAGGACAAAUUGUUCUUUGAAAUGCUGCACAUCCAGACUGUAAAAAACAACUUGCCACUACGGAUCACUGGUUAUGGGGUGACGCCAUCGAUGGUUUGCUCUGUGGAAGAAGUACUUGAUGUGGGCUAUGUCCUAACUGGAGAGAAGGCGACGUCCAUGUUCAAGAUACAGAACACUUCCACGCUGACCCUGCAAUGCUCCGUUCAUCUGGAUUCAUUUUCAUCCACGAGGGAGAAAGAUCAGCAGAGGAUUCCAUCCUUUCUUAUGUCCUCUUUGCAAGGAGCAGAGAUUGCUGGAUCAGAGAACUACAACGGUUUAAGCGUGUUCAGUGUCCUUCCUACAGAAGGAGAAAUUCUUGCUGGAGAAAGCCAGGACUUUUCUGUUACUUUCAGUCCUGAGCGUGAAGGUCUGUACUACUCUGAGUGUCUCAAGGUUGUGCUCUUUGGCAAGAAGACUGCCCAUGUUCUCCAGCUUAAAGGUGCAGCAAGAGAUCAUCCCAUGUUUGUGGAAGGUGGAAUUCCACUAGAUGUGCCCAUUGAGUCCUUGGCUGUAACAUCACCUCUGUCAUCAAAGAAAGCACUAAAAGAAGAGCUGCAAGAACCAGUGAAGUCCAUUCUCCUGCUUCUGGAGCACAUGGAGGGAGAGAAUGCCCUACUGCCAGCAGCGACAGAACUGAAAGUUGGAGCUAUACAGACAGCUCAGUUUGCAUCUAAGAAGAAUGUGGAGUUCAGUUUUGAUAACCUGUCACACCUCCAGAAGAAGGGAUUUGCUAUUGAACCUGCGAAGGGAAAAGUUGAUCGUGGUCAUGUAAAACGCAUCAGCGUUUGUUGGGUGCCACCUGCUGACUUUGAUGCCAGUGCCCCCCUGGUUGAGACAGCCUUCCUGAACUUAAAAGGUGACAUAAAGGAAUCUUACCGAAUCCUCUUUGUGGCAACAGUUAUAUCUGCUCCCACUGGCUGAGGGCCUGAAGCAAUGUGGAAGGUGAACACUUAAUGUUUGGGAAAUCACUGGAUCUCAGUUGGAACCUGGGAAGAUUCUGAAACUGUUGCAAACAUGUGAGGGGAGGAGGAAAGCGGAAAGGAUUAGAUUGACCUGGUGAUGCUAACGUUGUAGUAUAGGGAAGAAUAAAUGAGAGGCACCAAGUAGAUACAUGUCUGUUAAUUGCAGUGUCUUCCAAAGGCAGGACUUCCCUCAGAAGGAGUAUCUUUUACCUCUAAAUGGGUGAGUUUCAAACAAUGUCUGCUUCAAACUUCAUAUGCAUUUUAAUGGCUGAAGUGGUUUUCUUUUUUUGUUUUUCCUACUAAGACCAGAAUAAAGCACUUUAUUUUAAGCCUC